UGACAUUUCGCCAAAUUUUCAUUAUUUUUUGCACUUUUGCAGCAGCUUCGUUGCGUUGCUCGUUAAAUUGCGUGCGUGAUUAUUGAUAAUAUUGAUUGAUUUUAUCAGGAAAAAAAUCUUCUACAACAAAACAACGAUUGCAAAUAAAUGCCUAACAAGCGGCAGUGGGCAGAACCAUGAAUACCACCGAGGAGAUCUCCGUAGUGGAUGUGUACGAUUUGGCUUCCGACGUUGGCAAGGAGUUUGAGAAAAUCAUCGACAAAAAUGGGCCUAACUCCGUGACCGAACUAAUUCCCAAAGUCAUCAACAUAUUGGAACUGCUGGAAACGCUGGCGGUCCGCCGUGAGGGGGAGUGUGCGUUAAUUCAGGAAUUAAAUGAUAAAAUCUCGCAGCUGGAAAAUGAUAAACAGGAAAAGGCCGAAUUCAAGAAGAAAAUCGAUAAGGAAAUGGAGUCGAUUGAAGAACAAUGGCGCAUCGAGACACGAGAUUUGUUGCAACUAAUAAGUCGGCUACAGAACGAAAAUCGGCGGCUGACCAAAGCUCAAAAUAAUGAAACAAUAUCUUCAAAAAGUUACCAAACAGACACACCUAGUGUCGAAAGUCAGCCCAGUAACAUGUUCUGCACUAAUUGUGAUUCGUCUACUAUUUCCAAACUAAGAUCGAAGAUCAAUGAACAAUGUGACGAUCUAAAAUUUAAGGAACGCGAACUUCAUGAAAAAGUUUCGGAGAUCACAAACAUGACUUCACAAAUCGAAAGACUGAAAAGUUCGUUGGGCGAAUGCCGCAGAAGACAGAAAUUAUCGCAGAAUCAGAUGAUAACACUAUUCGAAGAACGAGCCGAUUUUCUCGCUCAGCUGCAGGAUCAGCAACAUGAAAUAACCAUGCUACGUAAGCGACUUGGCAUAGCCGAGAAGGAGAACGAAGAUUUAUCAGACAUAGUCAAGGAGGACGAGAAGCCUCGAUUUUCAACGGUAGAGCUGAAGGAAGUUUUAACGGAACGGAACGAACUGAAGCUGAGGGUGAACGAUUUGGAGCAGGAACUCCUGGCAUGCAAACAACCAAAUGCCGUUGAUAUCGACAAUGAUACAUCUUGUACUUCCACCCAUGAUUUGCCCGUGCAGGGCCCAUUGCCAUAUGAGCCGGAUGACGCUCCCUGGAAGAAACACUCGGAAAGCGGUAUCCGCAAGUUCUUCCGAAAGCUGUUCUCCGAUGUGAACACCGAUACCGCAGCAAGCUUCCCGCGUCGCUCAGUAUCUACUUUAACCAAAAUGGCUCUAUCAUCUGGACCUCACAGUGACAUUCCAAUAUAAGUGACGUUUUAUCAUUAUCAUCAGUAUUAGUAACUUGUUGUGAUGUUCUUAGUUUCUUUUAACAAGUAGCAUAUAAGGUUAUAACAUAUAGUUGAAGUAGAAAAAAAUAUUAAUGUCAAAAAAGUGGUAGGUAAACAAAAUCCGCGGAACGAAGCAUUCGUGUGGCGUACUGUUUCUUUAACUGUUUAUGUUUUGCUUAUGAAGAGUCAUUAGGUAUGAAUGAUUUUUAUUCCAUGCAAAGUCCUAGAGAAUCAGCAAUCACACACUUAUAUUAAUUCUAUCAGGGAUCCUCAUAAUUGAAAGUCGUCCAAACACGAAAUAAACAGUACGCUGCUCGAAAAAUU